AUGGCAGCACCUUACCGAAAAAUACAAAUAAAGCAAUAUCCAAAGCCUUUGACUAACUAUGAUGCCGAAGCUGCUUCUCACUGGAAAAAGUUUAAGACUCCAAAAUAUCUUGCAGAAACUGCCUCUGUGACCUCUGUACAUUUUUCACCUGUUUCUCCACACGAUUUUGCAGUCACUUCUUCCACGCGUGUUCAAGUAUACUCUUCGAAAACACACGAAAUAAAGAGAUCUUUUGCGCGUUUUAAAGAUACCGCGUAUAGUGGAACAAUAAGAAAUGAUGGAAAAUUGCUUUUGGCUGGGGAUGCAACUGGAUGUAUACAGUUAUUCGAUAUAAAUAGUCGUCGUAUAUUGCGUACUAUACGCGAACAUAAACUUCCGGUACAAGUAACGAAAUUUUCAAGUGGAAAUAGUGCACAAAUAUUAUCUUGCUCGGAUGAUAAGACUGUAAGAUUAUGGGAUGUAUCUAGUCAAGAAGCGAUUUCAAUAUUCUCGGAGCAUGAGGAUUAUGUACGUGCUGGCUGUAUGAGUCCAGAUAAUUCAAAUUUGAUAUUAUCUGGUUCUUACGAUAAAACAUUAAAAUUAUGGGAUGCUCGUACAAACAAACCUGUAAUGAAUAUGAAACAUGAUCAUCCCAUUGAGUCUGUGUUGAUGUUUCCUAGUGGUGGAGUUGCGAUCUCGGCAGGUGGACCGAUUUUUAUAAUAUGGGAUAUAAUAGGUGGAGGUCGUAUGAUGCGAUCUGUCUCCAAUCACCAGAAAACCAUCACCUCUUUGUGUUUUGAUUCUUCUUGUACUCGAUUGCUGACUGGCUCAUUAGAUCGACAUUCAGAUGAUAACAUUUUAGUGGCUGGUAUGACUUCCAGUCGAUUCGGAAUUCGGCAACGUCAAAUACCAGUUCAAGAAAAAUCGGCGAUAGCACUCAAUCAGGCACAACGAAAAUUCCGCAGGGGAUAUUUUAAGCGAGGUGCCAAGUAUAAGGAAAUUGAGGAAAAUACUAUUGUAAUAGAAAGCAAAAAGAGAGAAAAAAUUCCAGAAUAUGAUCACUUUUUACGUAAUUUCCAGUAUGCAAAAGCAUUAGACUCGUCUUUAAAAACUGGUGUUCGCGUGGUCGUCGCAAUAUCCCUUCUUCAAGAACUUAUACGACGUGAUGGUUUGCGGCAAGCGUUAGCUGACCGAGAUGAUGCUUCUUUGCAACCAAUUAUUCAUUUCCUGACGAAACAUAUUAAUAAUCCACGAUAUACGACUGUAUUAUUAGACAUAGGAGACUUGAUUAUAGAUAUGUAUAGUACGUCUUUUGGAUUUACACCUUCACCAAUAAUAGAGGAAUUCGGGAAAUUGUACCAAAAAGUGCAACUUGAAUUAAAUUAUCAAAUUGAGUUAGCCCGAGUUUUAGGAUCUCUCGAGAUGAUCUUUGUAACUGCUGAUAACGCACAUUCAUCUUCAAUUCAAACCGGAGAUAAAAUACAAAGUUAA